AUGCAAGCUACGUUCGCGGGCCAGAAUCAGCGAUCAAAUCACAAUGGGCCUGGGUCAGACGGUCUCGCAUUUCUGAGGCCUACGAAACGUCUUAGAUGUUCAGCCAGCUCAGAGACAUUACUUCAUGCGGCCUGCAUAGCGGACUCACCAGGCGCAACCUCACGCACAAAAGCCAACCCAAUUUCCUCAUAUUGCCCAGCAGCAUCUCAGCCUGGAUUCACAGCGGGGCAAAGGUUCAGUGAAUUUCCUCUGCUCCACAAAUCCCCUUACCAAGAAGAUGCGCCUUGCUCCUCGAAUACUGUCCACACACCCGGUACCCCAUACUUCGCGGCCACACUUGCAAGGGGUAACUCUAUGUCCACUCUCCGUACCUCUCGUGGCGGAGCGGUAUCAGCAGACAAUCUGCGGUCCUUUCAAGGGCGGCAGAAGUGGCAUAGAGAUGCUCGUGGGAUGGGCACAAUGUAUGUGCGGACAGCAUCUGCCCGCAGACUGAGCAUCUGGAUCCAAUUGGCGGCUGGCUCCCCGAAGUGGCGCAUUUGCAGCGAUCGCUUGCGAUGGCUAUGCUCGACAGAAUUUGGCAGCCAAAUUAGCCUCAUAGUCUCGCAGAUAGCCGUCCAGGGUAUCGGGAGCGAGGUCUGCGGCAGGCGCUGCUAUUAUGCUAACAUCUUUAUAGGCCCAUCAGACAUUCGGCUGAAACGCCGAGUGCUGGAGGGUCAACACAGUUAUCUGUGCUCUUGUAUCAAUCCUUGCCCAAGCUCUUCGCCAGUCUCUACUCCUCUAAUUUCUCCAUUCUGCAGCAAAUUCUGUGCAUCAAGGCGUCGACGGAUGGGCUUUCGUGAGCGACGGGCGGAUGUCAGUUCUGAAUAA